AUGGAGCAGCUGGUGGGAGUUCACCACCACCACCACUCGCUCUCCCCUCGGGCUCCUCGCACCCCGACCCGCCCGCAGCCGCAGCCGCACCCGCUCCUCCACCACCUCCCCCCGUCCAACAGGCUCCGGGAUCUCCACUCCCAGAUUCGCAUUCACCCCGCGGUCCCCGCGGCCAGCAGGGUCCUCCGCGCCACCCCGCCCUUCUUCCUCAUCCUCCUCGCCGCCGUCUACCUCCUCGCCUCCGUCACCAUCUUCUCCGCCCCCACGCCGCUGCUCCGCCUCCGCUCCGCCUCUCCCAGGCCGCUGCUCCUCCCGAUGCCCGCGCCGCCGCCGCCACCCCCUGCGCCGGAGCUCUUUGAUCUAGACGGCGGGAGCGUUCGGGUCCGCCUCACCAAUGUCGGCGCCGCCGUCACCUCGCUCCUCGUCCCGGACAAGAACGGGGUUCUCGCUGAUGUGGUGCUCGGAUUCGACUCGCUGGAUCCGUACCUGAAUGGAACCUCACCUUACUUUGGCUGCAUUGUUGGUCGAGUUGCAAAUAGAAUCAAGGAUGGAAAGUUCACUCUAAAUGGGGUGCAGUACAAUCUGAGUAUCAACAACCCACCUAACACCCUUCAUGGUGGAUUUAAAGGGUUUGACAAAACUGUAUGGGAAGUCGCCGAAUGUAACAAAGGGGACAAGCCCUCAAUUACCUUCAAGUAUUAUAGUAGAGAUGGAGAGGAAGGUUACCCAGGUGAUGUUUCUGUUACUGUCAGAUAUUCACUUCUUCCAAGUGCAACACUGAAGCUUGAGAUGGAAGCCAUACCAUUGAACAAGGCCACACCCAUCAGUUUAGCACAGCACACCUAUUGGAACCUGGCAGGCCAUGACUCAGGAGAUGUGCUUUCACAUUCGGUCCAGAUAUGGGGUUCUCAGAUAACUCCAGUAGAUCAAACCUCAAUACCUACAGGCGAGUUCAUGCCAGUAAGUGGCACUCCCUUUGAUUUUCUGACUGGGGACAGAAUUGGAAGCAGAAUUGAUCAGGUCCCUGGUGGUUAUGAUCAUAAUUACAUGCUUGACUCCAGUGAAGUGAGGUCAGGUCUGCGACAUGUGGCAAAAGUGGUAGACCCGUCUAGUUCGAGGGCCCUAGACAUUUGGGCUGAUGCACCUGGAGUGCAGUUCUACACUGGAAAUUUUCUUCAUGGCAUCGUGGGCAAAGGAGGUGCGGUCUAUGGAAAGCAUGCUGGCCUCUGCCUCGAGACGCAAGGUUUCCCGAAUGCUGUUAAUCAACCUAAUUUUCCCUCAGUUGUCUUUCACCCUGGUGAGAAGUACAGGCAUAUGAUGCUGUUUGAAUUCUCUACCGAGUGA